GCGGCCUGGCCGGGGUCGAAUCGGUGCAAGUAGUUACCUUGUAGAAUAGUCAACCCUCGGCUCGGUGCAGUUGGAGGUGGCAGCGGAGCAGGGGCAAUGAUGGCCUGGGGCAGAGGGUGGAGGUUGCGGUGCUGCGGGCAUCAGGCCGCCUCCCUGGCCGGGACUAGGGCUCUGCACACUGGCCUAGGGGUCUGGGCGAGGGCGCUCGGAGGAAGGAGAGCAGCUGCAGGGAAGGUACUUUUCUCUCCGAUACAGUCUGCACUGUUCACCAGUCCGGUGAGGGUCCUUUGGUGCAGGCCACAGUCCAGACUCCUCCACUCAUCGCAUGUGGCGUGCUGCUGCAGUAAGACCAAUACCGAAGCCAAAUACAAAGAUCCAUUUAAACUUGGGAGCAGUGACCUGAAGAAUCUCUAUGAUGAUAUCAAGAAGGAGCUGUUCGUAACCACACAGGAGCUGAAGGAGAUGUGCGAAUAUUAUUUUGAUGGCAGAGGAAAAGCAAUCAGACCAAUGCUGGUUGUCCUAAUGGCACGGGCAUGCAACACCCACUAUAAUAAUUUCCGGGAAGUGCACCCCGCCCAGCGCUCAAUUGCGGUGAUUGCCGAGAUGAUCCACACAGCUAGCCUAAUGCAUGACGAUGUCAUCGAUGGGUCCAGUUCUCGGAGGGGAAAGAAGACUAUCAGUCAGAUAUGGGGUGAAAGAAAGGCUGUCCUCUGUGGAGAUUAUAUACUGUCUGCAGCGUCCGUAGCCGUGGCGAGGAUAGGCAAUGCCGCUGUAAUCUCUGUGUUAGCUCAGGUCAUUGAAGACUUAGUACGUGGUGAAUUUCUCCAGCUUGGCUCCAAAGAGAAUGAAAAUGAAAGAUUUGCUCACUAUCUGGAGAAGACGUUUAAGAAGACAGCAAGUCUCAUAGCCAACAGCUGUAAAGCAGUGUCCAUCUUAGGCUGUCCUGAUCCCAAGGUCCAUGAGAUUGCAUACCAGUAUGGCAAGAAUGUGGGAAUAGCCUUCCAGCUCAUCGACGAUGUGUUAGAUUUUACAGCUUGUGCUGAUCAACUAGGGAAACCAACAGCUGCAGAUCUGCGAUUAGGAUUGGCGACUGGUCCAGUGUUAUUUGCCUGCCAACAGUUCCCAGAAUUGAAUGCUAUGAUCAUGAGGAGGUUCAGCUUACCGGGGGAUGUGGAACAAGCAUGGCAGUACGUUCGUCAGAGUGACGGUGUGCACGAAACUACCUACCUCGCCCAACGUUACUGUAGCGCAGCAAUCCAAGAGAUCAGCAAGCUCCAGCCAUCCCCGGAGAGAGACGCUCUCAUUCAGCUGACUGAGGUCAUGCUUGCAAGGGACAAAUAAGUAACUUCUGGGAACUAUCCGAGCAGCUACCACCAAACAGUGCCUAAUGCAACACUUGUAGAAACACAGCCGGUUUUACUUCCUGUGCGGGCCACCAAAAAUGACUUUUAAGAGAAAAUCUCAAUAUGUUUAUUAUGCCUUUCACCGUUACAGUACUGUAUUAUUUUUUUAUUAUUAUUCAAUUUUAGCAGAGGAAACUAUAUGUUCAGUGCUAGGUUUUGGGGGGUGACUUCAAAGGGUAUAUUUGGCAGUAGGAUAAAAUCAUUUCACUCUUUGAAGCUAGAAUGGAAAUAAGGUUUUUGUGUUUUUUUAUUUUUUAUUUUGUGUUUAUGGCUGUUGAUUAAAAGACAUCUGGCAUUGACACGUUGUAGUACCUCAAAGCCAACAGCAGGUGGUUUGGAAUCUAUAUAGAUCUGUUGCCUUGUGAGAAAAUACAAUUGGGUACACAUCAGUGACGUGCGGUCCUGUCAUACUAAUGGAUACGCUAGAGUUCUGAUUAUAUGAAGUAUUUGAAACAUACAAAGAAUAUAUUUGAGAAAAAAAACUUUGUAUUAUUCUAAUAAUUUUUAUAGCAAAACUCUGGAGCAAAAAAAUCUAUGGCAGGUGUGGCAGUGACGAAAUAUCAUCCAUUGUGUACCCAGGAUUAAGUAACCCUUUCACAAAAGUAUUAGCAUUCUAAAAAGAUAUGGGGGUAGAUGUAUGAAGCAGGUAAAAGAGUGGAGAAGUUGUCCAUGGCAACCAAUCAGCGUUGAGGUAACGUUUAUCAAGUGCAUUCUAUAAAAGUGGAGGUAGCAGCUGAUUGGUUGCCAUGUGCUACGUCUCUACUGGCUCGCUUCUCCACUGAUUCAUAAAGCCCCCACAUUGUAACAACUGGUAAGUUUUCCCCUAGUGUAUCUGAAUGCAUUGUGAUACGGGACACAUCCUUGUAAAACUAGUCAUUUUAUAAAAUAGAAAAAAAGACAGUGUAAUACGUCUCGCCAGCACAGCAGUAUUCCAUCCACUUUAAACAUAAAAGAAUGUAUAAUUGUGUUAGUGUGGGAGACAUUUGCUGUGGGGGUUUGCUCUUUGCAGUCUACUGUACUUGCAGACAUUGUGUUCUCAGUUAUACCCCUUUUAUACUGCCAGCAUAUAACACGGGUUAUUGCACAUGAGCGUACAUAACCCGUGUUGCUGGUUGGUGUGAAAGGGUCGAGUGACCCGGUAUUCCAACUGGAGCAGUUUGCUGGGUUGAACACUGGUUCAACCCAGCAAACUAUGCAGUGUAAAUGGGAGCCGGGGCGCAUUGACCUGGCUUCCCGUUCAGUGAUAUACAGGCGCCACGUCGCUGGCAAUGUCGCCAACCCGGCAAUAUGAUGGGUUGGUGACUGCAGGGGGAAAGGGGGAUGACGCGGCGCCUGGCUGUGACGUGAGUGUAAAAGCUGUAUUACAGUAUAUUCACCCAUUUGAAAGGAGAGAGAGAGGUGUUCAGAUGUGACAGACAAAAGCAAGUUUGGCUGAAAUCCUACCCUGGGAGACCCCAUUCAGCCACAUAUACCCCACUGCUGCUGCUGAACAUACUAGCUAUGGUGAGGUGUCUCAUAUCCACUAUAAUGUGUGGAUGGGGACAGGGCUUACAAACAUUUAGAACUGCCACUUACUGUACUGCAUUCUGCUGAACAUUACAUUCUAAUUGGUGGAGGGGGCUGGGCUAUGGGGCGUGUUGAUAAAAUAACAUAUCACAAUAUGCUGGCUUUGAGAAUGUACUACAACCCUUCAUGUCUUUUCAGCCACGACCAUCAUAACGAUAAUGUACAAUUUUAAAUAACAAAAAGUAUGUGAGCGGAACAGAAAAUAGCGCUUGGUGGAAACAAAGCAGCCCACACGUAUUUAGGUGACUCCCAAUCACCAAAGAAGCUAAUAGAGAACAAUAGAUAUUGAAUACACCUUAGGCGCUACCACCUUCUAAGAGAAAGUCACGUUCUAUUCUUAAUUAAUAGUCCCAAAAUUGAGUCUUGUGUUUCACUCGCAGUAUUCCUCCUUCUAGGUGUAAGUUCUUCUCCAAUUUCGGAGUGCUUCAGAAACUUCCCUUAUAGGAGGAUGUUGUUCAUAAAAAAAGAGAAUAACGUAUAUAGUGUAGUAUUUUGAACACAGACGAAUUUAUUCAGUUAUAAAAUACAUGAAAGUAUUCUUUUUCAAUUAAAAUAUUCUUAUUCGAUUAAAAAUGACAGCUAUACUUUGUACAAGAUGGAACCGUACCGUGUCAAGCUCCCAGCAUGGAGCAAUGAAAAGGGUGAAAUUGGAAGGUUCCGGAAUUCCUCCCUUCACGCAAACCGCUGGCUGCUGGACCUGGCAAGGUUCUCCUGUUUUUCUAAAAUGCAGGUAAAUGGAUCUCUGAAUGCUGCCAACGUGUUUCGAGUUGUCUCUAACUCUUCCUCAGGGCAGAAUGAAUCAUUUUAGAAAAUGGGACUAUUAAUUAAGAAUAGAACGUGACCUUCUCUUAGAAGGUGGUAGCGCCUAAGGCGUAUUCAAUAUCUAUUGUUCUCUACAAUUUUAAAUAGUACAAAACAAGCUUGAUAGAAAAAUAGGUGGUUUCCAAGUGUGUUUUGCCGGUCAUGUUUUGAAGGUACAGCACCAAGCACAUAGUGAGUAAUUACUGGUUUCUAGUUCUGUUCUUCCUGGUGUUCAGAAAGUAAUCAGAUCUUGUGCUGAAUACUUUAUAGCUGCUGGGAAAUCUGUGCGUUCAGCACAAGAUACCAGUCCUCCUGCCAUUAGGGCAGCACUUCAGUAUUCAUCAGGGGCGGAACUGUUUAUUUGUGAAUGCUGGAUGUACAGUCUACUGUCUGUACACUUAGAAUCCUGUGUGAACAGGAGCGAUUUACCUGUGAACUCCUCCUCAAUGUCAUUUGCCCAGGAAGACCAAAUGCAUCUAUACUGCUUUAAUUGUGUUUUAUUACAGGGGGUAGGCAACCUGUGGCACCACUCCUGCCGCUGCUGUUAUGGAAUCAACAUCCCCUAAAAGCAAAACUGGCAUGGCAUGCGGGGAUGUAUAAUGCCACAGGUUGCCUACCCCUGUUCUAUUAAAGAACAUACUGUAUGGAGAGUUUGGUAUACCAGAUGUGAAACUAGAUGAUCUCCCCACCGCUGGAGGAUAAAUGAGUUAGCUGAGAGUAGACAACCCCCACACUGCUUUUAUUUAUGUGAAAUCAUUUUGUAAUAUUUUAGACAUAAUUUAACAUAAGAACCUUCCUUGUCCUCCCAAGGUUUAGCUGCUUAGUUCCAUCACAUUUGCUGGGGAUCUGCUACCUGUACCAUUUAUUUUUUAGCCUUGCUUCAUUUUUCACUCACUAGUUGAGUGGGGUUUACUCAGGGAUACCACCAGCUGUAAUCAGGAUUUACGUAUAAAUAGUGACCUGCAUUUGUAAUGACAAAUAAUGUGAGGUGUGCACAGAGGAAAGCAGCCACUGCCUAGUGUUGGAAAACAGUAAGAGGUGUAGAUAAGUUAAUACCCCAUUCAUAUUAAUGUGCGUGUAGCAGUAAUUUAUGGAUUUCCGUUCCAUCCAUUAUAGCAGUAGUUCCCAAAAGUGGUCUCCAAGGCGUCCCAACAGACCAUAAGCCAGAUCUAAUGCCAUCAGAGUUGUCAGGAGUAUGGCCAUCAACCUGAAUUUGUUUGGGUUGGUUGUUUUUUUUUUUUUAAAGCGGCAAUCUUUGACAAGACAUGGAUUUGCCUUGUAAAGGAUUGCCGCUUUAAAAAAAAAAAAAAAAAAAAACCAUUCAACUGACAAACUGCACCUCCAGCCAACUAGGAUGGGAUUACAUCCGACCCAAUGUUUUAAAGAUAUCUAGACUUGACACAGGUGACUUAAUUGGUGCCUCAGUUUGACUAUACCAUAUGUGCACAAGCAUGGAUAUCUGAAUUAUAGGAGUCAGAGAGGUAUAUUUAUUUCCGUUCUAAAUUGAGAAGUAGGGCUGUGUUACCCAUAGACACCAAUCAUUUUCUAGAAUGCAAUAGAGAAAUUAUAAGAAUAGGAUUAGUUGCUAUAGGCAACACUCCAUUUUUAGAUACUUUAUUAAAUCCCCCUUUCCCAAGUCACAAUUCAAUGCUCAGGCUGAGACCAUUUGCAUGUAAUUAGUACAUCUCCCAAACUGUCCUUCAUUAAACUUGCCACUUACGUCAAGUCAGAGCUACAAUUAUGUUGUGCCAGAGUUGCUAUUGUGUAUUUUAUUCUUCUACAAAACCUUGUUUACAUUGGUGAACUGUGUGUGUGCAUAAGGCUAACUUGAAAAUCAAUGCAAUGAAUUUGGCGUGUACUCCAAGCUACAUGUAUGACCUUCUGCAUUGCCAAAACCUGUGCAAACAUUAAAAAGAGACAAAUUAUACAUUUUUAUUAAAAUA